CUCGGAUUUGUUUACUGGUGACACAUUGGUAACAGCUGUUUUAAUCGGCUAGUAGCUAGCUGCAGCCAACUGCCUGGCUAACUUAACGUUAAGCUUAAUUAUAUACUCUCUUUUAUAUUUCCCGGGUUGAUUGCCACCAUGGAGCCUGCCUGCCGUAAAGACAAGCCAAAGCUAAACUCCACCCCGACCAGAGGAGACAGAGCAAAGCAGAAAUCUGCACAGCAGGAGCUCAAACAGAGACAGAGAGCAGAGAUUUAUGCUCUGAACAAGGUGAUGACAGAGUUGGAGCAGCAGCAGUUUGAGGCCUUUUGUAAACAGAUGCAGUCACAGGGAGAAUAAGAGUCCCACCUCUGCUCUGCCUUCCUCUUUCAUCUGGACCAGGACCUGUCACACUCCAAGAACACCAUGUACAUACACUGUUACAGACACACUUGUAUUUACACUGAUAUGUGGGUAGAGUUGUGGUGCUGUCUUACUUCUCAAGAAGACUUUGAAAAAUAGUAAUAGUAAUUGGACAAUCUUUGUCUCUGAUGUUUUACUGACUGGUGUUCCUGGCUCAGACACUGAGAACAGGAAGCAGAAUUGCAGAUUUCAUACAGUCACAUCAGGUCACUGAUAUUUUCUCUCCUUUAAUAUCACCUUCUUUGUAACAUUUCAGUAAUGGUUAAACUGAGCUUCCAUCCUGUUUUUUCAUUAGUGUCCAAAUUCACAUUUACAUGUUUCAAGUUGCCCAGAUCAAAUACACAUACUAUCUCUUAAUGAAAAUCACUCAAAGGCACCACAGUGUUGAUAACUGAAGAAUAGGCCAUUUGAAAGCACACUUUGGCAAGGCAGCCUCCCUCUAUGUAUUUAAUUAAAGCUGUAUUCAGUGGUUUUUGACCGCUAGCAGACAGAAAACUUCAGACAAAGAGUUUCAAUAUGUGAUGUCAAUCCAUCACAGUAUAACUGGAUUUUGUCACAUUGGCUAAUGUGACUUACACCUCACGAGCAUGUGCAACACGAGCAUCACACUCAAAUCCUUGUUGUUAACCAUUUGCAUGGGUUCAGUACUCAUUCCCUUCUAGCUGUGGACUGGGUCAGAAACUCCUGAGAGAAAUAUCUGGGUCUGUAUUUAUCAAGCGUCUCAGAGUAGGAAAUCAUUCAUAACCUGAAAUUCUCAGUGUGACGCUAUUUUUUUUAAUCAACUUUCUUAACUUAUGAAAUCACUCCUAUCUCUUAAAUGGGGGAGAGCUCCAGAGGAGUCGUAGCCUGUUAGGAGCUGCUGCGAGGUGGCAGGAGAGAACGGUUGGUAAUAAGCUUAUUAUGACGCAAACUGAAAUCACCGUCCUCACUGCGUUACACUUUUUUGCAACAGGAAAAAUGCAAUGCUUUCCAACAGUGAUGAUUCUGUCAGAACAGACAAUUUCAGGCCUGAACUUUGAUUAACUGAACUUUGAAUAGUGUUCCAGCGCAUCAUAAAAACUGUGUGUAACUCAGGGCCCUGCAGUGAGAGCAGACUAAAACAUUUGCUCCCUUGGCUGGAUGUCACCUGCUUAUUGUUAUUAAGGAUGUCUCCACUUAAUUACAACUGGUCAAAUCUGAUGUAUGAUGUUUAUAUGUUAUUUAUUCAUUUCAAAUUAAAUGUGGUCAUAGUUUUACAUUGAAUUUCACUCGGAGCGUAUACGUUUAUUUUUAAGCCACACAAAUUACUUGCCACUUUUAGUGGAAACAGCUUAGUAAGUAGUUGUAGAAGUUGUUCACCAAUUCAUAAAACCUAAAAGUGUCACAAAAAAUAUGUCAUAAUUUCUUUGUUGUAAAACAGCAACAUCACACACACUCUUCCAGGAAUAGUUGUAGGAAGCUUCUUAGAUAACUCGAGUCUUACUCUGAGGUAGGAGUGUUUGUGAUCCCAGGUUCGCUUUCAGUGUGAUUCCUAUGAUUGAUUCUGUGAUGCUUGAGAAAUAUGUCCCACAUGUUUGGCUUGAUAGAUGCUCAACUCUCUGCACCAGCAGUGUUAACUGUGUCAUCUCGUGCCGGGCAGGACGCAUUCAGCUGGGCUGUUUAUGAAGUAAACAUUCAGUGUGCAAUGAGGCUCAAUCAAAAAAGCUGGAGGCUACCUGUCGUGUAGUUGUCUCAUGUCAGAAAUACAUCUUAAGAUUCAUUCUGUCACCUUUGCCACUGAAGCUUCAGUUUGUGAUUAUAAUGCUAACAGCGCUACAGCUAAAUCACAUUUUUGUUGGCUCUUUGUCGGCUCUCUAACACUGGCCAUGGUAAAGAUAAAAAUGACAGUAAACUGCCAGAAUACUGGUAACCACAGCUACUGCUGAAAGACUGUAAUUCAAAGACACAGCCACUGAUUCUAAGGAGGGGUGGUAGAACAAAAGGUAAUUCAGUGGUUCAUAAAUAUUGCCUAAUGUAGCUUUAAUCUAAACAGUGCCCUUAAAAUGUCAGUGUUAAUGGUGCUCGCUUUGAACACUAUCAUGUCAGUGACGUGAUGCCAACUGACCUGUAUAUGAAUUUUUAUUACAUUUUAUUGUCACGGUCACAAGUUUGCAAUCUGAUUUCUAUUUAUGGCUGGCGCCAGCAAAAUAUUUAUAUUGUUUAACACAAUAUGUCAGCCACUUUCAUUUGAGUUAUGCAAUUUUGAUUUAAUGAAAAUAAAAGUGAUUUUU